AUUAAUUAGUCAUUAAUUCACUAAUUAAUUUUUAAAUGGGUCCCCCUUUCUACUUUUGGAGUUCACCAUUUCCGGUUCCGAUGUGGUUGGCUUGGGCGUCGCUGGUAUCGGUGAGGUCAAUUCCGCCGGAGGCGGAAUUCUGAUGAGCGGAACUCUUUUUGGUUUUCGGAUUUUCGUCCGAUCCCCGAUGGCAUCAAAAGUGCGCUUUGUAGGCACAGUUUUGUGAGGGAGUUUUGGCCUGGACCUCACUUUGAAAAUGGUUUGGUUCGUUUUGAGAAAAACGCUUUUUCACGCAAGGUGGAGCGCACAACUAGCACAAGUACAAGUCGCAAAGGGUUGUCGCUAAUCUGAACAGUGAAAUUGGCAUGGUUGGACGUAUUACGGUAAAUAAUGUCCGACUCAGAAACGACCCCCAGCGAUUGUAACAGCCCCCAAAUUCAAGAACUGAACAACUUGCGGCACCUCCUCAAAUUACAACGCGACAGGUACACCCAUCUCCAAAUACUAUACCAAGCUGUGGCCGAUUUUAUAUCCACUGCUGGUGCCUUGAACCCUGAACUUGCAACCAAAGUGGAAAAUAUUUUACAUGAGCAAAGUUGCCAGCAAGUUGAUGUGUUAGACAAUGAAUACACACAGUUACUAGGAUUACGAUCUUCAGGAAACAGUGAGUUAAGCUUUAACGAAGGUCGCACUCUCAGAAAAGAAAUAGGGCUCAUUUUGGAGCACAAAUACAAGAAAGUUUGUGACGAGUUUUUGAAAGCAACUUCGCAGAAUGUGAACUCAGUGGAUGGUCGUGACGGUUGUGAUUUCAGUGUCAGGCCUGAAGAUAACACGUUGGUGGUGUUGAAGAAAAAACUGGAGGAGCAACAGCAAAAGUAUUUAGAAAAUGAAUUAACUAAAGAGAAGAUUUUGGAAGAUAUUGCUAAACUACGACUGGAAAAAUUACCAAAAGUGUGUGAUGAAAAAAUAAAAGAAUGUCAAAUAAGGGCCCAAGUGGGCGAACUAAGAACGAAACUUGCGUGCGAGACUUCCAGAAUUGACGUAUUUAUGGAGAGAAGCAACUCGUUGAAAGCCUACAAGGAGCUGCUAAAGGAUAUAAAGGAGCAACAACUUGAAUGUGAGAGCGAGAUUAAACACUUGCAAAAGAUGAGGGAGAAGUACAAACAAGUGGCCUGCAAGCAGUUUGAUCAGAUUUUGAAGUCCUACGUGGAAUACAAAGCCGCGCUUUCAAGAAAGGCCCUCAACCCCAGUAUCAUCCUAAAGUCCGACACGCCAAUGUCGUAACCGAUCAGAGGAAAAUCCGAGGUCCUCAAAGUUUCUGUUAUUUCGUAUCCGAAGGGUUCCCCUACAGUCGAUUAGAGGAGGACUCCCUUCAUCAAAUGGUGUGACCUUCGGGAACCUCGUAAACGGCCAAGGACUGGACGCAGAUAAGUCCCAGAUAUCAGUUCUUCGCGAUUUUCAAUCUUUUCGUUAUAAUAUAUUAUUCGAAUUUCCUUUCUUAAAAAAAAAAUUAUUUCAAUUUUCAAAUUUUCCUUUUUAAAUUUCAAUUUUUAUGCAACUAUUAGUAAUUUUUUAUAACUUAUAAUUUCAAUUAAUGUGAGCGAGCGAAUUGGCCAAUUCUAACGUAAAGAUUCGUGUCAGUAGUUGAUUUAACCAUCAGGUCACAAGAGUAACUUUUAAUAUACGGAAUUUUAAUUGAUUAUUCAAUAGUUUUCUUAUCUCCUUCUCAGUUGGGAGCUUCGUUAUCGAUAACUGAGUGGCGCCCUUAAAAGGCUAGGUUAAAAGGAAUCUUGAACUCGCUCUCGGGGUGUCGAUCAUAAAACUGUCGGCCCGACCGGCUUAGGGUGCUUCAAAUUCUGUGGUUAAGCUGAUGUCACAACAAAGAAUGUAUUUGUGAUUUACAACAUUACCUACAUUGGUCUUACUUGAUAUUUGUAUGCCCAAAGAAGAUGUUCCCAAUUUGAACAGUUUUAUUUUAAAUUUGAAGUGUUUAUUUAAUGAAAAAGAAAAAACGUUCUAAAAUACUGGUAAAUCACGAUAAAAAGAAACUAAUUCAAGGCGUUCUCUGGAUUGUCAAUUUUUCGGAUUACUCAAUUAGUUUAAUAAAUAUAAUUUUAAUUUAAGAUUCGAUUAACAUAUAGUCGAAUUAAAAGAUUUGACUGUAGUUAGGAACGUAGGUGUUAUGCAAUGAAACAUGCGUAAAAAAAGAUUCAUAUAUUUUCAAAAAAAAAUCUAAAUACUUUUUUAACUAACAGAAAUUUCUAUAUUUCUAUCUUCCAUUGCCUUUGGAUCUAGCCAUUUUAUAAAAUGUCACUAAGCACAAACUCCACACAAUAGCACAGCGAACUGUUAAACAGUAAUUAAAAAUUACCAUAGUUUUGCACUUCUUAUAUUAGCAGAUGCUUCCUCCUACCACUUUAGGGAGAUUACAUUACAAUGUAGGGGGUUGGUGUUUUCUCUUUUGAAUAGCAAUAACUAUACUUUCCCAAGAAUGUAAAUUUUAUAAAAACGAAUAACAUAUAAUAACGAAUAACACUCUUAAAUACCUAUGGUCACUGGUAGAGUAGACAAUUAACAAAAAAAUCUUUAGGUCAAAGAACUCAAUUAUGCAAUUGCCAUUCAUCUUUUUUUACUUAAUUUUAAUUUUAUUUUUUAAUUACUAAAAAGUGUACUGUCAACAACAACAAGCAGAAAUGUCAGUUGUUAUUUACAAAAAUAAAAAAUUACGUUAUAAUUCAAAAACCAAUUACGUCAUUAAUGUUGCUAUACUGUCAUAAUCAUAAUAUAUAUAGCAUGCACACAACUGAGUCCUUUGAAAACUAAAACAUUCCUUUUCAGCAUAUUAUUUGUUAUAUUUAAAAAAAACAAAGUGUAAAUUAGGUUUUUAUUAAGAAUAACAGUGUACACUGGCGAGCACUUUUGACAUUUUACUGACAUAAUCGUGGGCAAUACUACUCUAACCUUUUUGACAAUGAAAUGACAAAUGUGUCCAAAAUUUUUUGCUCGCUAUUGUAGGUGUCAUUUUUUGACGAAACAAAGUCGUGCGAAUUUUUUUAAUUCUAUAAUUAUUAUCAUUAUUAUCAAUUUUUACAUUAAUUUGUACAGAACACAAUAGCUCCAAAGCGUUAUAGUUUAGGAAAUAGUCACGCAAUACGAAUUUACUGUUUUAAAUUAAAGUUAGUAAACAAAGCCUAAAGUUAGUUAGGGUUUUGUUAGGUGCUUCUAGAAGUGACUUUUGAUUUUUGAAAAAGAAAAACCAAAACCAAUUCAAUUUACGUUAACAAUUUCUGGGUAAUAGAAAAUUAGCCUGGUGUGUGUUCACAAAUAAAGUGCUUUCUAAAUACCAGCCUUAGAUAAAGAAAUUAUUAGAUAAACAAGUUACCUAUUAUAAUACCAAUUAUAAAUAACGUGAAACCCUUAAAUUAUUAUUAAGCGGAUAAUCCCUUUUCUGGUUACACGGUUUAACUUUCUCUGGGUUGGUUCUUAAUCUCGACCAAAUUCCUUUUUCAACGGAAACAAAAGUCAUUAUUGUUUCGAUGAAUAAGACUAACAAGAAAGUGAGAUGUGACAAAUCUAAUCAUUUUUAGCAGGUACCUACUUUUGGGUCUGUUACUCAGACCUAGACCCUCCGGUCCCAUUGUAAAUCUUUCUGCGGAUUUGUCUAAUCAACUGCUAUAAAUCAUCGCCCAAGGAAUUUUGUGCUUCCAAUGAAUUAAAAUUUUCGCAAUAUUAAGCUUAUUUUUAAUAACAGAAAAAAAUUAAAAAUACCAAGGUGUUUAAAAUAACAAUCUCUAUCGCUUGGCCGGAGAGUUUUUUCAUUUUGAAGUCUUGGUGUCUUAAUACGUGUAUUAUUUCGAAAUCGUGUUUAUUUAAAUAGCCAUAAUUUAUUGAGCACUAGAUUUUUUAAAAUUUUCUAAUGGCCAUUUUGUAAAUAUCAUUUCUAAGAUACAUUGAGUUUUGAAACGAUGUUGAUAUCUUUUCAAAUAACUUAAUUACAGCCACAAUUCUUUUACAUUGAAAACGCCAUAAGACGAAUACGUUUAACCUAGCCUUAAGGCUCUAGACCCUCUGGGAGCUGGCGCAUACGUUUUACGUGUAAACUGUUUUUAGCCGCAAAUUUAGACUUGAAGAGUUUCUUGACAUUUGCAGUGUUUCUUUAUAAGUAAAUGUAAGUCGAAGAGUCAUUUUUGAUUGAAAUAAAUGCCUAGAUAUUUUUUUAUUAAAUAAAAUGUCUGUUUAUGAAGUUGAUACGAAUUUUUGAUAACGGUGCAUUGUAUUGAGAAUUUAAAAAAAACAUUUUAUAGGAAAUUUAAAAAUACAGACCUGAGAUAUUUUAGAUUUUUGUUAACUGUUCUUAAUUGUUAGAUAUAAUGCAAAAAUUAAAUUGUAAGUAGGCAACUUUUAAUGCAUCCUUCUUCGAAUGCGUAGCUAGCUGGAAGAAGAUUUAUGACGGGUUUAGGACGCACCGCUGGAGGUAACCACCAUUGGGGUGACCCACAAGAUAAUAAUUUUAUUGCAUUUGUUCAAGACAGAGAAAUGUAUCGGCACAAAUAGGAAUUUUAGCGAUUUCUCUAAUAGUGGUAUAAAAUGAAAGCACAUGAUUUCGGAAUUAACAUUUUUUAACAAAAUAAUUAGGUACCUAUAGAUUUGCAUUACGUUUUUUUUGUAGACACUGCUAUCAACGUAUCUUAUGAGAUUUUGAAAUACGAGUAAUCACGCUCGCUAUUUUUUUGAAUACUUUUAACAAUAAAAUUAUUCCUGUUUUAAAAAAAAUAUAAAAAAGAUGAUUAAAACUUUGGUUGUACUUAGCUUCGUUCUGCACAGGUUUUGUGAUAGAACUACUGAGCUCCCUCACCACGACAAGGUGUCAACCCACUGAGGAAGUUUUUUUUACUUUUAUUGUUCAUUCCGUUUUAGAACCCUUUCGUUGUUUUUUCCAAAAAUUACGCAUUAUUUGUUUUCGACUUUUUC